AAAUUAAGGGGUUUUUCCUUGCCUGCUUCUAAAGUAAAGCCAAUCUAGUUUCUUUUUCUGCAGUAAAGGAGGAAGGAACAAACAACAAAUUAAUCAGACAGGAAGCGAAUAACCACAGAAAGACGUCUGCCUCUGACUCAGUAUGUCACAUUUAACAAGAGGCCAGAGCUUGUCCAAAAUGGCUGUCCAAAACCGACCCCACACUUGGGUUGGAAGAUGAUGCCUUUUUCAGGGACAGUUUUCUCUCUGGGCUCACAUCUUGCUGGUCUGUCUUCUGUGUCCCCGAUCAUGCCUUCCUACGGUGUCCUUUAACGAGUGACCAGCAAGACUGUUGAACGUGUAGCUGUCCAAGAUGCCCGUCCCUCCCCCUCCAGCACCCCCGCCCCCGCCGACAUUUGCUCUGGCCAAUACGGAAAAGCCUACCCUGAAUAAGUCAGAACAGGCUGGGAGAAAUGCUCUUCUCUCUGACAUCAGCAAAGGGAAGAAACUGAAGAAGACAGUCACCAAUGACAGGAGUGCGCCGAUAUUGGACAAACCUAAAGGAGCCGGUGCUGGUGGCGGUGGUGGCGGUGGUGGCUUCGGUGGCGGCGGCGGCAGUUUUGGAGGAGGUGCCCCACCUGGCUUGGGAGGACUGUUUCAGGCUGGGAUGCCGAAGCUGAGAUCCACAGCCAACAGGGAUGGUGAUUCUGGAGGAAGCCGACCCCCGAUUUUGCCACCAGGAGGAAGAGCCACAUCUGCUAAGCCUUUCUCACCCCCAAGUGGCCCAGGGAGGUUUCCUGUGCCUUCUCCCGGCCACAGAAGUGGUCCCCCAGAGCCUCAGAGGAGUCGAAUGCCUCCCCCGAGGCCCGACGUGGGCUCAAAGCCUGAUAGCAUUCCCCCUCCAGUUCCCAAUACACCAAGACCCAUUCAAUCAAGUCUUCACAACCGGGGCUCCCUACCAGUGCCUGGGGCCCCCAGGCAGCCCAGUCCUGGGCCCACCCCUCCCCCCUUCCCUGGAAACCGAGGUGCUGCUUUUGGAGGAGGCUCCGUCCGCCAGACACCCUCCAGCUCCUCCUCGCCCUUCUCCAACAGGCCUCCCCUGCCCCCGACCCCCAGCAGGGCCUUGGAGGACAAACCCCCCCCUCCGCCUCCUCCAGUGGGCAACAGGCCCUCCAUCCACAGGGAAGCGGUCCCACCGCCUCCGCCUCAGAACAGCAAGCCCCCCGUGCCUUCUACCCCGAGGCCUUCCUCCUCACAGGCCCCACCUCCACCGCCGCCACCAAGCAGGCCCGGCCCUCCUCCCCUGCCUCCAGGUUCCAGUGGCACUGAUGAAACCCCAAGACUCCCACAGAGGAAUUUGUCCCUUACGCCGUCUACAACCCCCUUACCUUCACCGGGACGAUCAGGCCCUCUUCCUCCCCCGCCCAGUGAGAGACCCCCUCCUCCGGUGAGGGACCCACCGGGCAGAUCAGGCCCUCUCCCACCACCCCCUCCAAUAAGCAGAAACGGCAGCACAUCUCGGGCCCUGCCUGCCACCCCCCAGUUGCCUUCCAGGAGUGGAGUAGAUAGUCCCAGGAGUGGACCCAGGCCUCCUCUUCCUCCUGACAGGCCUGGUGCCGGGGCACCUCCCCCACCUCCACCAUCAACAUCGAUUAGGAAUGGCUUCCAAGACUCUUCAGGAGAAGAUGAGUGGGAAAGCAGAUUCUACUUCCAUCCCAUUUCUGACUUGCCACCUCCAGAGCCAUAUGUACCAACAGCCAAAAGUUAUCCCAGUAAACUGGCAAGAAGUGAAUCCCGGAGUGGAUCCAACCGAAGAGAAAGGGGUGCCCCACCACUUCCUCCCAUCCCAAGGUGAUCUUUGCCUGCUCUUCUCCAGCCGAGCCCGGGAGCUCCUUCUGUUGUUGUUCUCCAAGGGUGCAAAACCCUCCUCCCCUGUCUUCACUUGUCCCCUUCGUACUGGCAGUAGGGAAAGGGAGGGUGAUGUGGGAAUAUGUGUGCGGGGGUGGGAAUGCAGUAAAGAAACGCACCUAGCUUUUUACAUUGUGUAUAUUCUCAGAGCUCUUGCCCGCUUCAGCUACAGCCUGCUGGUGCUGGCUGCUCGGGGGUCAGGAGGCUCUUGUGGCGAGGUGGCAGACAGGCACUGUGUCCUAGCUUUCAACCAACCAAGUUCAAACAUUCAGUGCUGAUUUGCUACAGACUCUAACAUUAAAGUCCCUGAGAGCUAUUUGCUUCCAUGACGUUUUUGCAUGCUUGGCUUUUUGUCUGAUUCCAGGAACCACAGUCCACCUAAGCAAGUUGCGGCACUCAGGGCUCACAUAAAAUUUUUCAGUUACAGGAUGUCCAAUCUUUGGCAGUCUGAGAUAAGCCCUAGGACAGAGCUGUCCAACAGAAAUACAGUGUGAGCCACAUAUAACGGUGUUUGAAUUUCUAGUAGCUACCUUAAAAAAGGAAAAUAGGUGAAAUUAAUUUUAAUAUAUUUUAUUUAGCCCUAAUACCCAAAUUAUUACCAUUUCAACCUGCAAUCAGUGUAAUAAUUAUUAAUGAGCUAUUUCACAUUCUGUUUUGGUACCAAGUCUUCAAAAUCCCAUGCAUAUCCUACAUUGAUUGAGAGCACAUUCCCCAUUCAGACUAGUCGCAUCUCAAGGGCUCAACAGCCCUCUGUGGCCGGUGGCUACCAUGUUCGGGCAGCACAGGUCUAGAAGAUGCAGACUAGUGCAAAAUCUCUUGUUUCAAAAACAAAAAAGGCAAGAUGAAUUUUAGUGAUUCAAAAAGUAACUAAAAAUCAAGUUAGGACCAAACACCUUGUUCAACAGAUAGCUUGACCUUCGAUUUUGUUCCCCUAUUUCCCGUCUUUCCUUGAUGUGUAUAUCUAGGUGUUGCUUCAAAGUACCAAGGUCAGAAAUUGAUCUAACAGGGUUUACAGUCACGUGGAAUAAAGCCAUUAGAAGGAAAUUGAAAGCCAGCCAAGGCUUGGGGACUCAGAGCCCGCUGCCUUGAGCUAACUGUCCAUUGGACCCCUGCCUUGCCUUCAUUUCCUCUGCUGCCCAGCAUGCAUCUCUGAGCGGGGGAGGCUCGCAGGCUCUGUAACUGUGGGGGAAAGUCAGGAAAAGGUAGCCAAUUGGAAACGUGGAAGAAGGAAGCAGGUUUGAGUUGAUGGACAAAACUCUAAACAUCUAAAUCUGAUGUUUAAGGGGGGUUGAGAGAGAUUGCUACAACAAAUUGAAGAGAAUUUGUCUUGACUCCAUUGGGAGAAUCCCUUGCCUUGGAUCUAUGCAAAUCAAGCUCCGUGAAAGGACCAUAGGAAUGAGCCAGGCUUGCCCUUUUUUUGUAUGAUUUUGUUUACAAAACUUUACUGGGACUUUUAAAUCUAGCUAUAGAUUUGGGGGGAAAUUUUUCCAUUUUAUAUGGUUUUAUAUGGUUGAUUAUGUUUAAAAUUACCAUUACUUAUUUUUUAAAAGCACACAGCCACAUAUGUAUAUGUAUACUUAAACUUUGUGUCAUGGUUUCAGUGUAUUGUUCAUGGAUUACCAGGAGAUGCUAACAAGAAAUCAAUCCAAAGAAAAAUUUGAAAGAAGGAUUCCUAUUUAUAGAAUAAAUAAUUAUUUCAUUUAUAUAAAAGCAAAAGAACUUAGAGUUCUAAUAAAUGGGAUAGCUAAUAAAUUAUGAAGUUGCCCAUUUGGAUAUAUUGUAUUUUUAUAACUUUCCUUGCCAAAGUCCUGGGCUUAGUAUGUUAGAGAACUUGGUUUUUUCCCCUCUCCUCUACCAUUCAUCUGUCUUUCAUAUAGUUAUUUGGGGCCCUUUGCCCAAAGGGAAUCAAGAAAUAUAAAGGUAUAACAAACUUGGCUAAGUAUUUUCCAAAAAGAAUGUUUCAGGUUUUAUAGCAGCAUCAUUUUAUUUGGGAUUCUUUGAGCAGAUAUGAAUGGUUGUUACAAAUCGCUAUGAUAAAGCCUAACAAGCCACCUCGCAAAAGAUGCGAUCUGGCCUUCCUAGCAAAUGGUGGCAGGGAAGUCUCAUCCAACGAAUUUGGAUCUGAAUUUUGUGAGGGCUAGUAAGCAUGGUCAGUUUCUUUGUACAUCCCAGCUUUGUAGGUAUCAUCCUAAAGUCUGAAACAGUCAUAGCUCAAAGUUGCUCUUCAUCCAGGAGAGAGAAGUUUUAGGAUGUAUUUAAGUCAGUGUUUCAUUAAUACACCUAUACCCUUUCUUUGAAAGUUGGCAACCUAAUUGCAUCCAAAACUGAAUAAUCUCUAUGCUAAAAUCUUCAACUAUGGCAAAUCACAAAAAUGAAUAUUUUCUUCCUGAAAUCAGGGCUUACAUUUGGGUUUUUUUUUUCCAUAAUAUUUCCAGAUAAAUGUAUUCAAGAUGCAAUACAGUAUUUUAAUAUUCACAUAUCAUUUUAUAUUGAAAUGUGUUACAGUAUUAAAAUUCAAUGUUCCAUAUUUAUUUCACUAUGCAUUUUAUUUAGUAGAAACCAAGAAAAAUGUUUAAUCCAAUGGUGCCUUACUUUGUGAUUUGAAAGAAAUAGACUUUUUAUGUCUAAGCAGCAGAUUAUUUGCAUAUUUGUAAAAACUUAGGCCUUUAUAUUUUAACUUGUAAUACCAAUUUUGUUAUUUUAGUAGCAGAAAUGGGAUGGUUGUUAAAGCGCCCAACAUUUUUUGGCACAAAAUUAAUUUUUCCCUGUUUGUAGUCAGGGACAGUAAAAGAAAACAAAUGUUUUUCAUACCACUGCACUAUGUAAACAUGCACAUUUUGGAAUCUAUAUCAUCAGGACAGUUUAAAUGGUGGGGUAAAGACUACCCUAGACAUCUGUGUCUUUGUAAGUUAGCCAGACAAUAAAUAAAAGCAGAGUGAUAAGAGUGUCAA